ACAUUUUUAUAUAAGAACUUCCUCUUUCCCUUCAUCUCCAACAAGUUCUAGUACCUUUCAGAUUUGCUCUCUCUUUUCAUAUUUAUGGACAAGUUCUUAUUCCUUCUUCUUCUCCUUCUUAUUUCAACCUCUGCUUCAUUUUCGACAUUGAAUAAUGCACGUCUCCCUGGUAUGUUCAUCUUUGGAGACUCCAUUUUAGACGCUGGAAACAAUCAUUUCAACAAGAAUUGCUCUGCUCAGGCUGAUUUCCCACCUUAUGGCUCUGCUUUCUUCCACCAACCCACUGGCCGAUUUACCAAUGGCAGGACGGUUCCUGAUUUCAUUUCACAAUUCAUUGGUAUUGAAUUCCAGAAACCAUACCUUGAAGCACAGAUUGAGGUUUUGAAUGGGAGUUGGACGGAUUAUCCAUCGAAUGGUAUCAACUUUGCUAGUGCUGGUAGUGGUGUUUUGCAGGGAACAAACGAGGACUGGGGAGUAAUACCACUCCAAGACCAGUUACAACAAUUCCAAACACUGGUACGAAAAAACAAGAUCGAUCCAAGUCUGGUCCAAAAAUCAGUCUUCUUAUUUGAGUCAGGCUCGAACGACAUUUUUGACUACUUCCUCCAAUUGGACACAACACCAAAACUCGACCCCGAUGCCUAUGUGCGAGGCAUGGUAGCACAAGUUGCAAAAUUCAUUGACCAAAUUUACAAACUUGGUGCUCGCAAAAUUGUUGUGGUUUCACUUGGACCUGUUGGAUGUGUCCCUGCCAGAGCCAUCCUGCCAGGUGCACCCAUUGAUAGAUGUUAUGGAAAAAUGAACGUUAUGGUGAAAAAUUACAACAAAGGAUUAGAAAAUUUGACCAAUCAUAUCCCCAUUAAGUACCCCCAUGCGAUAGGUGUUUAUGGAGCAGUAUAUAAUAUUUUUCAGCAAUUUCGAGCCACUCCAAAACCUUAUGGUUUUUCGGAAGUUUCUAGUGCAUGUUGUGGUUAUGGAACUCUUAGGGGACUAAUUCAAUGUGGCAAAGAAGGUUAUGAAGUUUGUUCAAGGCCUAAUGAGUUCUUGUUUUGGGAUUAUUUCCACCCAUCUGAGCAUGCUUAUGAACUGAUUUCCAAAUCCUUAUGGGAAGGCAACAAAUUUCGAGUUAGACCAAUUAAUUUGAAGACCCUAAUCAAUAUUACCCGUACUAGUGCUUAAGCCGCAGCACAAUGACUACAUGCUUUUUGAGUCAAUGAAUUGGAUUACCCAAAAAAAAAAAAAAAAAUCAUGUUUUUAUAUUAUUUGAUCGACAAGUACUGAUCACUCACCCAUAAUAAUCCGCAAAUUAUAUAAGUUAUCGAUUAAAUUUCCUGUUCUGCAAGUUGAAAA